GUGAAAAAUGUUUGCAAAAUUACAGUGAUGAUGUCGGCUACGUUCUUGAAUGGCAAUAAAAUGUAUAGAAUAUUUUAAGUAUUACAGUAUAAUCACAUUUUGACGACAUUGUAUCUUACUUGUGUGUGUAAGGUCGACAAUUCAAAUAAACAGCAAAAUACCGACAAUAAAGUAAGUAUGUAGAUUGUUGUAGAUUAUGUGUCUUCUACUUUUUCAUUUAACAACAAUAUCCACAGGCUAGAUAACGGGGAAAUAAAUAAGGAUCAGCUUCAAGGAAAAUAUGCACCGAAACAAAUUAUUAUAAUAAUAAAUUGAUGAGAUGGACCAUGUGAUAAUGUGAGAAAGGUAUAAAAGGGGGCGCGAACGACGUUCAUGUCAGACAAUCUUGUAGCUUCGGCCACGACUAUUUAUUCCUAAAUCUUUACUAGCAACGCUUUAUCAAAGGGAGAUAACUUAUACUUUUAGAUAUGCUAAAUAGUUUAGAUAUUCUGUUCCUCUAUUGAAAUAGUUGAACACUGUGUAAAGUACCUGCUACAGAUAUAAUAUCAAAUGUUAAGUUAUUCUAUAUAAAACGAUUUUAUGCAGUACAUUAUUGUCUCCCACCACACUGACCUCUGCCAGUAUGAGAGCAUGCUGUAUGAGAGAGUUGCAGCAACCCUGUACACAUAUGAUUGACACUGAUGUGUAAUAAAAAGCCAGGCUUGCUUCAAUACUUAUUCGCAAUGUUUCAAGUUUUUAUAACUGGGGGACAAUACACGGGUUGCUGCUCAUUUUUAGUAUGACUUAUUUUACCGUUUUGUUUCUCACAUAUCGAACGCAUGAUCGAAGCUUCCAGGUAUAUUCAUAUAGGGCUGUUUUGACAGCGUUGAACUUGUGACGUCACAGAUGUGGGCUACCCAUAUCGAGGCGAUCGCCGCUGAGCCAAAGGCGUGUUUUUCAGAUAAAUGAAAAUAUCUCAGAAACGGAGUCAACUACGACGUUCGCACUUUCCGAGCCUUUUAUUGUAUUGUAUGAAGUAUUUUCAUAGCAUGAUAUAGAAAAACGUUAAGGGUACACUUUAACCUCAAGUAGCCAACGCUAUAUGGGAAAAAUAUUAUGGGGCAUUUAAAUAAUGCCUAUCCUUCGAGAUUUUUUCCCCAUAUUGAAUGACUUUAUCUGUAUGUACUAAGCAUGUUUUCACUUAACUAAUACGUCCAUUGAUAGGUGCCUUAUACAGGGACGUCGGUAUAUAGCGGGACAAACAGCGAUUACUAUAGUUCCGAGCUAGCGACUUCCCGUUCAGGACAUGAAAUCAGUGAAAGAGAGGCAGCAAACGAGAAUUUGUAUUCCUAUGCAGACAACGUACAGCUAUCAAGGACAACAGAAGAUGGUUGCUAUUCUGCUGAUUUUGCAAACGAUCCUGGAAAUAGUGUUUAUUCAGUUCCACUCGUUCAGACAGAGGAGAUGGAAGAAAAGAAGUCAUUUGGCCUCAAAGCACUACAGUAUUCCUAUGCAGACAACUUACAGCUAUCAAGGACAACAGAAGACGGUUGCUAUUCUGCUGAUUUUGCAAACGAUCCUGGAAAUGAUGUUUAUUCAGUUCCACUCGUUCAGACAGAGGAGAUAGAAGAAAAGAAGUCAUCUGGCCUCAAAGCACUACAGAGAUCCCAUGAGGACACGAUCACUAGUAUAUCGAUGACGAUGUCAUCGGACCUGGACAUUGAGCAAAGAAAAACUCGACAUCGACGUAAAUCAAAAUCAAAAUGGAAAAAGAUAUAUAACAGAUUGCGCGGAGGAGCGUUUUUGAAGUGCAUUCCUUUCAAGAACCAUGAACAAGAAAUCUGUGAGCCCAUGGUGAAUACAAGGUGUAAGAUCCUUGCAGAUAAAAAAACCCAGCUCCAUUGCAGACAAAAUAUGACAGAAAAAACAGACAGACAAACAGUGAAACAAACCAAUUGUUUCAUGAAGAGCCGUAUGCUGAAACGAACAUACAUGUACUAUAGAACAUACAGAUGCCAAAUUUGAUCGUGGGCCAUCAUCGACACAUAUACAACCUUGUCUCAUCUCAUCUUUGGUACAUGUUUUCGUGUGACGUCAAGGACUCAUUUAUCUUGUGUCAUCAUCGAAAAACACUAAUUUGUAUCAUCAUCGACACAUAUUAACCUGUGUCAUCAUUGACAUAUACCAUCAAUUCUGUGUUAUCAUCAACACAUAUUAUCGUGUCAUUAUCGACAUUUACAAUCUCAUAUUAUCAUAAAUACAUGAUAAAUACGUAAAUUUGUGUUAUCAUCGACACAUGAAAUAUACACUAUUUAUGACAUUUACAUUACAUUAUAUAUGACAUUUACAAUAUCAUAUCAUCAUAAAUACUUACCAGAUUGUGUCAUGAUAAAUACAUACAAUUUUGUGUCAUCAUCGACACAUACAAGUGUGUGUUUUUAUUGAUGCAUCUAACCUGAAAUAUGUAAAUCAAAUUGUUGAGGGUAUCCUUAGAUGUAUUCAACGAGCGUGAGAGACUGGGUUAGAUUUAAUACUAAAACUGCAGAUCAGUUCAUAAACAAUAAUGUACAACAAGUGGUCAAUACUCUAGUUUUAGGAAUGUAAAAUGACGUGAUCAUGUCCUGAUUAGAUAUAAAAGAGUAAUUACAAUAGCUUCCAUUUCAUAUAUAAUUUAUUAAUACAAUCUAGAUGUAUUACAUUAAUCGGCAAGCCUCUACCAAGCUAAAAGCGAAACAUCUAGACGAGUUACAUAAUAUCUUAUGAAAUGUAAACAAAGUAACGAUCAUUUUGAUCAUGAUUUUUGAUAAUCGUACGUGGAUAUUCGCACAAAAAAUGCUCUCCCUUGCCGUCUCAAAGUUGUUGACGUUGUCGUUGUUUCCCUCAUAUCUUUUGUCUCCUACGGGACGUUAUAAUGUCAUGAGGACAUACCAGUCUCCUUCAUUGUAACAUAAUUUGUAUAAACAUAUACAUAUAUACUCAACAUUCCUAAUUGAAUAAGCCAAAAUGAAAUAACUCACAUGGAAAGUCUGUGACGUAAAAUGCUUUUUAAAUUGGGUCAAUUUCUUAGGUAUUGCUGCAUUUCACUACUGAAACACUUUCCAUUCUGAGCUUCGAAGAAUGCCAAUGUCAGAAACCGUUAUCAACACAAGCAAACCUGCUAAAAAACUCAUAUUUUACUUUGAAUGUCGAUUCAUGAGCCACAAGAUAUACCAUUGUUUUGGUAUAAUGAUAUCAUUUUUUUAAAUAACAACAUUUUAUAAAAUAUUUUACAUGCUACAACCUUUGUGUUAUAGUUAGAAGUAAAUAGUGUACACAUUUGAAAAGUUUGACUAUUUUAAGAAAUAAGUAAAACACUAGAUU